GGAAGGCACCAGCGCCAGCAGAGCAGGUGGACUCCCGAGAUAGACCAGGGGCCGCCUGGCAGCUGAUUGUCCUGUCUGACCCGGACUUCUGCCUUCCAGACAUGGCCCCGGGUCCCCUCGAUCCCCAGCCCUGUGGCCCGGCGAGGGUGAAGACAGCCUAAGCACUGCCACUCCAGGGCCAGUGCCCAUGCCCCUGACUUGGGCAUAGCCUGUCCCUGGUCCGGAAGUCAUGGAGACAGUGGCCCCAGCUAUGGACCUGGUACUGGGUGCCUCGGCCUGUUGCCUGGCCUGUGUCUUCACCAACCCCCUGGAGGUGGUGAAGACGCGGCUGCAGCUGCAGGGGGAGCUGCAGGCCCGGGGCACCUACCCUCGGCACUACCGGGGCCUUAUGGCUUCUAUAGUCGCGGUGGCCCGUGCAGAUGGGCUGUGUGGCCUGCAGAAGGGGCUGGCUGCUGGCCUCCUCUACCAGGGCCUCAUGAACGGCGUCCGCUUCUACUGCUACAGCCUGGCAUGCCAGGCUGGCCUCUCCCAGCAGCCGGGUGGCACGGUGGUCGCAGGCGCUGUGGCGGGCGCACUAGGAGCCAUCGUGGGGAGCCCAGCUUACCUGGUCAAGACGCAGCUGCAGGCCCAGACAGUGGCCGCCAUGGCCGUGGGGCACCAGCACCAUCACCAGAGCGUCCUGGGUGCCUUGGAGACCAUCUGGCGGCAGCAGGGCCUGGCAGGGCUGUGGCGGGGCGUGGGUGGGGCCGUGCCCCGAGUCAUGGUCGGCUCAGCCGCCCAGCUGGCCACCUUUGCCUCCGCCAAGGCCUGGGUGCAGGAGAAACAGUGGCUCCCGGAGGACAGCUGGCUGGUGGCCCUGGCUGGAGGCAUGAUCAGCAGCAUAGCUGUGGUCGCAGUCAUGACCCCCUUCGAUGUGGUCAGCACGCGCCUGUACAAUCAGCCCGUGGAUGGAGCAGGCAGGGGCCAGCUGUAUGGUGGCCUCGCCGACUGCCUGGUGAAGAUCUGGCGGCAGGAGGGCCCUCUGGCGCUCUACAAGGGUCUGGGCCCCGCCUACCUGCGCCUGGGCCCCCACACCAUCCUCAGCAUGCUCUUCUGGGAUGAGCUCCGGAAACUGGCCAGGCGGGGCCAGCACCAGAGCACCUAGGUGGCAUCCUUCACUCCUGACACAGCUGGGCACUUGGCAGGAAGCGACAGCCCGCUCCAGCUGGGAAUGGCCACCCCAGAGUGGGCCCAGGCCCAGGCCCUGCCACAGCUCAGGGAGAGUGUAGACAGCUGUGGUUAACCCAGCCCCACGGUCCACCCAGGGGCCAGCACAUCCUCCCCGAAUCAUCACCCACUCCGUUCUCCAGAAAGUUCUCUUCCCUCUCCAUCCUGGGUUACCUUAUCCCGGAGCCUUACUCACUGUUCUAAUAACUGCUCCAGGGCGUGAACAUCACCGUGAGCUGCACCCCUUACACGCCUCAGCUCGCUUAGUCCACACGGUAUGAGACGGCAAAAUUCUCUUACUGAGGAGGACGCCGAGGCUCAGAAGGGCGAAGUGCCGUGACCAAAGCCACACAGCUUUGAAGGGGCCGAGCCGGGACUGGGGACUAAGCUCUGCCCAGCCGGACCUGUGCCCUUGGCAGGGGCCAGGACCAUGGGGGCUGGAGUGCCCCGGGGGAUCCCCGUGCACUUGGGGAGGCCCUGGGGCGCACCGUGAAGCCGUAGUGUCUUAGUCUGCUAGGGCUGCUGUUAGAAAGGACCUCAGACUAGGCGGCGUAAACAACAGUUAUUUCCUCACAAUUCUGAAGGCUAGAUGGCUGAGAGCAAGGUGUCAGCAGGGUUGGUUUCCUCUGAGGCCUCUCUCCUUGGCUUACAAGUGGCCAUUUUCUCCCUGUGUCCCUCUGUGCAUGUCUGUGUCCUAAACUCUUCAUCUCAGGACACCGUCACAUUGGGUGAGGGCCCACCCGAAUAACCUCAUGUUAACCUAAUUACUUCCUUAGAGCCUGUCUCCAAACACUGUCACAUUCUGAGGCACUGGAGAUGAGAAUUUCAACACAGAGUUUGGGGUGGGGGAGGGGACACAAUUCAGCCCAUCAGCUGAGGGCUUUUCCUGAGGGUCCCCGGGACGCUCAGCACUGUGGGCAUUUGCACAUGUCCUCACGACAACUCUGAAAGCUCCUGAGGUGCCUGUUGCUCAUAUGGGCAGCCCGAGGCCCAGGGAAGGGACGUGACUUGCCCAAGUUGUAGAACUGGGUGUCCUCAUCCCAGGCCCUCUCCCCAAGCUGCAGCCACACUCCCUCCAUGGGCGUGUCCCGAGGCUGGCACUGACCUUUGUUCGAAGUGGACACCAAGUCCCUGAAGGGGCAGGACUGGCUGAGAUCAAGCAGCCUGACUAACUUGCCUGCCACACCCCAUGUUUGCAAAGAGCUGCUCCCCAGGGGCCCCCAUUGCACACUCCAAACCAAUAAAGUUUUCUAUUUUGUCUA